GAGGACCUGAGCCCUAGGACCAUGCCCCAGGACUACCUGACAUGAUGACUCCUUGCUGUCCCCAGUCCACCUGGCCAUGCUGCUGUUCCAGUUUCAACUGACCUGAGCCCUAGGACCAUGCCCCAGGACUACCUGACAUGAUGACUCCUUGCUGUCCCCAGUCCACCUGGCCAUGCUGCUGCUCCAGUUUCAACUUCCACCUGACUGUGCUGCUGCUCCAGUUUCAACUGUUCUGCCUUAUUAUUAUUCGACCAUGCUGGUCAUUUAUGAACAUUUGAACAUCUUGGCCAUGUUCUGUUAUAAUCUCCACCCGGCACAGCCAGAAGAGGACUGGCCACCCCACAUAGCCUGGUUCCUCUCUAGGUUUCUUCCUAGGUAUUGGCCUUUCUAGGGAGUUUUUCCUAGCCACCGUGCUUCUACACCUGCAUUGCUUGCUGUUUGGGGUUUUAGGCUGGGUUUCUGUACAGCACUUUGAGAUAUCAGCUGAUGUACGAAGGGCUAUAUAAAUACAUUUGAUUUGAUUUGGCAGCAGCCACUCAAUGUUAGUGGUGGCUGCUGUACCCAGUUGCACAGUACCCAGUUGCACAGGGCGGGGUCGAGACCCAGGGUCUCGAGCUUGAUGACGAGUUUGGAGGGCACUAUGGUGUUAAAUGCUGAGCUGUCAAUCAAUCUGAGAUACUUUCGGAUGAUUUGGACAUGCUAUGCGAAAAAUGCUAAUAUCGGUCCCAUGACUUGAAUGGGAUUUGUGCCACAAAUGCUAAAAAGUUAGCAUGUGGAAACUUUCCAACUGAUAUUUACGAUUUCACAACUGGUAAAUACCACCUUCCCAACUGGUUAGAACGCAGCAUUAGGCACUUGACAUCCUGGUCAAAACAUUUGGAUGACGUUUCAUAUCCGUGUGGACAGAGAAAAUGGCACAAGUGGAGGAGACAAGUAAACGUAUGUUUGCAGGUCUGUCAGAUGUAUCCAUUUCAGGGGACAUUCCUGUUGAGGGGGAGAUCAAUGUCCCUGUUGGAACACCGAGUCAGGACAAAGAAUACUCCACACUGGAUGAACCUGUCAAAGAUACCAUAUUGCGAGAUCUGAAAGCAGUGGGGAAAAAGUUUGUUCAUGUGAUGUAUCCCAAGAAGAGUUCAGCGCUACUGAGAGACUGGGACUUGUGGGGACCAUUAUUGCUCUGCGUGACACUGGCUCUGAUGCUGCAGGGGGGUUCAGUUGACAGUAAGGAGGACGGAGGACCCCAGUUUGCAGAGGUGUUUGUGAUCAUCUGGUUUGGAUCUGUUAUCAUCACACUGAACUCGAAGCUGUUAGGAGGCACCAUAUCUUUUUUCCAGAGCCUGUGUGUGCUAGGCUACUGCAUCAUGCCUCUGACUGUGGCAAUGGUCGUCUGUAGGCUAGUGCUGCUGGGUGGGUCUUGGGGGUUCAGCUUUAUCGUCCGACUAAUUGUGGUCACAGCAUCAUUCAGUUGGUCCACGUUUGCCUCUACAGCUUUCUUAGCAGAUUGCCAGCCUCCCAAUCGCAAAGCUUUGGUGGUGUAUCCUGUCUUCCUUUUUUACUUCGUCAUUGGAUGGAUGAUUCUCACAUUCUCACCGUCUGCGUAACAGUGGACUUAUCUCUUAACUGAACUUAUCCCAAUCCUUUUGGAAUAGAAGGAUACAAAUCAACACCUUGCCAUUUGUGAAAGUUGAGUGGAGUGUUGGGAGUACUUUGGAUGGAAAACAUUGUAUGUUUCUUUGGAGCAACAAGGAAAAUGGUGAGAUAUUAACCAUAGUGCACAAUGCUUUGCCUCUUUUUAUUUUUUUUGUGGGUCUGCUAAGCAUAGCUAAGAAAUACAGUGGAGUACAAUGGAUAAAAGUGUCAGUGAGUCCUUAUAAGGAUGUCAGAAAAGCCUAUCUGCUUGAUUUAACAAGCUCUGUAUCUCACAUGAAGAGAUUACUUAUCUCAAUUGUUUCCUACAUUGUAAAUUAUCUUACAAUACCAACUAAGGUUCCUACACUAAGCACAUUCCCCACUGUAAUGUUAAUAAUUCAUCAUAACAUGUAGACUAGCAGGAAUAAAGGGGACCAUGUGAUCUAUAUUGUAUGUGUCAUGGUCUAUUGCCAUUUACUUAUGAAUAUGUGAUGCCAGUAUGUAUACAGUACACUGCCUCACUACAUCCUACUGCAUAUGCCCUAUCACUCAAACAUUGCUUGGAAACAGGUUUCUGUUUUAUUUAGGAAUAAGUAAAACAUCUUCAAGUAGUAUUAUCUUAUUCAGAAGGUAGAAUUUGAUUAUCCACGGAUAGUGGCAGUGUUGCUCGAUUUUGAUAUGAGCAACCUAAAAAGAAUGUAGGUGGCUGUAGUUUACAUUUUCACAUUUUUACUUUCACAAGGUUAUGUGAAAAUGUAUACAUUUCCAGUUCUCUCAAUAUUUGAAUGUCAUUCUAUUAAAACAAAAAAGCUGUGAAAAACAAUGGCAGCCUCCAAAACCUGA